UUGUAGAAGUAUUAGGCACCUUUUACCUGACCUGACCUGACCUUAACACCGUUUUCACCUGUUCCUACGGUAUGGACAUAGCCGUAAUAGCAGAGUGCCCUGGGGGAGUUUUCCUUAAGGAACAUGUUUUAGAGAAAUUGAAGGCUUGUGCGAACACAGCUUGAUGGCUUGCAAGAAAAUCUGCUUUCAAUACAGAGCCGUAAGCCUCCUGUAAGCACUGCAAGGACAGCAGUUCUUAUGUAAAACCCUACACAUGAUUAUUAGCCAGUUGAAUUAAUUGACCUGGGUUAGCCUGACAGGAAGCCAGCCAGAGUUGACAUUGUAACAGAGGACGCCACAUGAAUCAUAUGUCAACACUUCGUCUUGGAUACAAUCAAACUAUUUCAGGAUGCUCUUCCAUUUCGGCUGCUAUUUUUUUUUUUCUACUGUCAGUGUGUGUCUAUGCGAGGUUGAAAUGUACUUGAAGUUCCUUCAGGAAGGAGAAGUGAUUAUCAUUUUGUGCAUGUGCCAGAAAUAAGUGGAUCCUGACCACAUUGACCAGGUCAAAGGUCACCCUGGCCAUUAGUGUGUGCGUCUGUCAUUUUUGUUGUUUUAGAGUCUCUCUUUUUGUCCUGAGUGUUUAUUUGCAGUUCUUGCAGAUGAGGAGGUGAGUCAGGGUUUGCGUGUAUAAAGUCACAUCCAGGACCCAAGGUUGGAAAAAGAGGCUUCUGGUGGAACGUCUAAGUGACUCACCUCAGCAGGUAUUUGUGCAUAUGAGUGGGUGGGGAACUGGACAGGUUUGCUCACUAUCAAUGCAGCGCCAGAUAAGUGUACUGUACCCAUCUUCGUUCAGUAAAAGUAACCUCCCUUCUGCUGGUUCUUUUUGGCAAUAGUGGGAGAGUCAAGAGGGGAGAGGCUGUGGUGGAGAGAUAAGGAGGCGAGGGAGGAAAUGGGGUGUACUUUAGCCUGCUGCAUUUGACUACCUCAGCAGCCACUUGGAUACUAAUGUCUUGAUUCAGUUUUUCUUCUAAGCCCCUUAAAUUAUGCUAUUGUAAAAUUAUUCACAUCCAAUGUAAAACCAUUGAAUUUCGCAAUACAUCUUUAAUACAUGUUAGAAAUGCUUGUUUUAACCAAAGACGAAUUAGAAGAGGAAAAAAGGAAAGAGAAUAGACCUAGACAAAAAGGAGACCGAGCAAACUGGUGAUAUUUGAAACCAGAUUUAACCUCUAGCCACAUCACUCCCAUUGUGAAUGUUUACUAAUUUCACUUGUUUUAUGACACCGUUACAGUCAGUAUUUAAUCAAUUUCAUUGUUUAGGAGCUUGAAACAAACAUUUCGUUACACCCGCGGUUAACAUUAUUGUUUUCCAACAAUAAACUUUGAUGUAUUUCUAUGUUUGAUAAAGAUCUUCAAGGGGCGGACUCAAAAUGGGCCGGUGGUUGCGUGCGUCAUAUGGGUUGCAGGCAGUGGUAUGACAGCCCAUAAAACGAGCUGAAUGCACCCUGUUCAUGUGUAUCAACCCUAUACGUAACUAAGGAUGUCCACCUUCGAGACUGGACAAAGAGCUGCAUGCCGGUGACCAAAUUCAAGAAACCGGACAACUUUAUUUAGAUAACGCAUUGGCUAGCCGUACUGUUGGCUAGCUGUUAGGAGACAUUCUUAUAGAUUUUUUUUUUUUACCGUUUUCUCUGCAAAUGUCUGAUAUUUGGUAAACCAACCUUCAAGCGCAAGUAGAUGCUCAUGCAUUAGUUAACAGUGGUCUAGGAACCCCCAGUUGAUAGCACGGACAAUUGAAGAACCUCUACAUCGUGUGUUUUAACGCCCUGACUCGUCCUGAGUGAGAGGAGGUCGGAACCAAAGAGCAGAAUUCUGGUGCCACUCAGCACAGUAAGUUGUAUCAGAGUCAAUCAUGAACUGCUUUGGCUCUCCCCCAGACAAGGACGCUCUCCCCGCACGAUCCAGGCGCCCUGCUAAUAACAUGGCCGCCAACACGGCCACGCCCCCGUCCGACCGGCGCUUCCUCAUCUUCUUUGACUUUGACGAGACCAUUGUGGACGAGAGCAGUGACGAUGUGGUGGUGCAGGCGGCUCCGGGCCAGAACCUGCCCAACUGGCUGAAGGACACCUACCGGCCUGGCCACUACAACGAGUACAUGCAACGCGUGCUGGCCUAUCUGGGAGAGAAGGGCGUAACCGAGAGCGCCAUCCGCUCGGUCAUCGAGAAGAUCCCGGCCUCGCCCGGCAUGCUGGCCCUGUUCCAGUUCCUCCGGCACCGCCCCCCGCAGGACUUCGAGGUGGUGCUGGUGUCCGACGCCAACACCUUCUUCAUCGAGUCCUGGCUCCGUCGCGUCGGGGCCCGCCAGCUCUUCGUCAGGAUCUUCACGAACCCCGCCACCUUCGACAAGGACGGCCGGCUGGUGCUCCGCCCCUUCCACUCUCACAGCUGCCCGCGUUGCCCUGACAACAUGUGCAAGCAGGUGGUUGUGAGGGACUAUGUGCUGCGGCGAACGCAGGAGCGGGGGCGGCCCUUUCAGCGCGUCUUCUACGUGGGCGACGGGGCCAACGACUUCUGCCCGUCGCUGAUCCUGGGGCCCCGUGACAUCGCGUUCGCCCGCCGGGACUACCCCAUGCACCGGCUGAUCACGGAGAUCCACGAGGCCAGGCCGGGGGAGUUCAAGGCAGUCACGGUGCCCUGGACCAGCGGGGAGGAUGUGGUGGAGCGACUCAGGAAGCAUGCGGAGGAGAAAUGAUGCGUCUGGGGGGACGGAGGUUGCCCCUCCUGCUUAAAUACAGUAGACACACUGAGGCAGUCACAUUCCCAGACCAACAACCAACAAAACCUCUCUCUGACACGUGUGAAGCAACUCCCUUUGUAUUCUAAUUGAAGAGGCCUUUGUCUGCAACACUUAAGUUUAGUCCUGUCUGACUCAGCCGUAGACCAGAGCCAGAGGUGCUGUACAGAUUCGGCAGCCUCUUAGCCCAGUUCCUCACACUCGGGUUUAAAGGUCAAUCAGAAACACUAACCCAGUGGCAGUGGCAAUUCCAUUAAUGAUUACAGAGAUCUGAGCCUUAGUUGAUGCCCUACCUAUCAGGCCAGAACUGAGUACACCAAAGCUUUUAGAAGGAUUGUCCCCGUUACACUGGAUGGAGAGCGAUGAGGAACAAACAUGUCUAAAUAAAUAAUUGACUGUCUCAGUGAUACAGUUAGUACAGAUAUAUCCCCCUCAUUAUCUGCAGCCCAUUGUUUACACUGAGCCCUAUUGGUUUUUAUUAACAGUCGAACUGGGUCAGUAGGGGACCAGUCCUAGUUAAUAAUUGGCCUGAUUUCUGGCAGAAGCCCUUUCCACAUUUUCACCCAGUGAGGUAUGAGAUAUAACAUCAGUCAGUCUAUUUCGGUGUUAUUCUUAAGGAUUAUGUUAUAAGAUUAUAUUUUGUUUGCAUUUUGUUGUGGUCUUUGUGAAAUAUUAAAUGUGUGUGUGAUUGGUAUGAUCGGGGUGGGAAAAAAAAAAUGUCAACAUCGCCACCUGUUGGCAGACCUAAAGAUUACAAUUGAGUAUUGACUCCAGUUUUAAGUUUCUGAAAAUACAGCUUAAGUUUUAAUGUGACACACGUACUGGCCAUAUGACAGAAUAUUUCCAAUAUAUGCAUGUAUUAUAAUUUGUAUAUGUCUAUUUUUCAUGUACCAUUUACUUGUACCUACAUAUUCCAUCACCAGCAGGAAUAUAAAGCCAUGAACUAAAACUUGUAAGUCUGAAAUUGAAUUCUCCUCUCCUCCCCCCACCCUGUUGUUCUGUGUAUGAGAACAGUGUGUGUUGAAUAAACUAGCACAAUAGGA